AUGGCGCACCGGGGGCCCCCGCGCGCCCCGAAGGGCCCCGGCCCCGCCGCCCGAGCCCCGAGCCCCGGGGCCCCGCCGCCGCCGCCGCGCUCGUCGCGCUGGCGGCCGCUCCUGCUGCUGCUGCUGCUGCUGCUGGCCGCCUGCGGGGCGGCGGGGCGCACCCCCGAGCUCGGGCGCCUGGGUCCCCGCGCCCGGCUGACACGGCUGCCUCGCAGCCCGCCCGCAGAGCGCUCGGAGCCCGGCGCCGGCGAGGACCGGCAGGCGCGCGGCGUGGAACCCAGCGCCCAGGGUCCGGGUCCCGGUCCCGCUUCGGGUCCCGGCGAGGACAGCGCCCCGGCCGCGGGCAAGGGGCGCUGGGCGCGGGCGGCGCCGGUGGCCGGAGCGGCUUCGCGGGCGCAGGUCUCGCUCAUCAGCACGUCGUUCGUGCUCAAGGGGGACGCAACGCACAACCAGGCGAUGGUGCACUGGACGGGCGAGAACAGCAGCGUGAUCUUGAUCCUGACCAAGUACUACCAUGCAGACAUGGGGAAGGUCCUGGAAAGUUCUCUGUGGCGGUCCUCGGAUUUCGGGACGUCCUACACCAAGCUCACCCUCCAGCCUGGUGUCACCACCGUCAUUGACAACUUCUACAUUUGCCCAACCAACAAGAGAAAGAUCAUCCUCCUGAGCUCUUCGCUCAGUGACCGCGACCAGAGCCUCUUCCUCAGCACGGACGAAGGCGCCACCUUCCAGAAGCAGCUUGUCCCCUUCUUUGUGGAGACCCUGACUUUCCACCCCAAGGAGGAGGACAAGGUCCUGGCCUACACCAAGGACAGCAAGCUCUAUGUGUCAUCUGACUUGGGGAAGAAAUGGACGCUUCUGCAGGAGCGAGUGACCAAAGACCAUGUGUUCUGGGCUGUGUCUGGGGUGGACGCUGACCCUGACUUGGUCCACAUGGAGGCCCAGGACCCCGGUGGAGGUUUUCGCUACGUCACCUGUCACAUCCACAACUGCUCCGAGAAGACACUAUCGGCCCUGUUCGCAGGCCCCAUUGACCACGGCUCUCUGACCGUGCAGGACGAUUACAUCUUCUUUAAGGCAACAUCAACAAACCGGACCAAAUACUACGUCUCUUAUCGUCGCAAUGAAUUUGUCCUGAUGAAGCUGCCGAAGUAUGCAUUGCCAAAGGACCUGCAGAUCAUCAGCACGGAUGAGAACCAGGUGUUCGUGGCGGUGCAGGAGUGGUACCAGGCAGACACCUACAACCUGUACCAGUCGGACCCGCGCGGCGUGCACUACGCGCUGGCGCUGCGGGACGUGCGCAGCUCGCGGCAGGCCGAGGAGAGCGUGGUCAUCGACAUCCUUGAGGUCAGAGGGGUGAAAGGAGUCUUUCUGGCAAAUCAAAAAAUUGAUGGGAAGGUGAUGACGCUUAUAACCUACAACAAGGGCCGAGACUGGGAUUACCUGCGACCACCCAGCAUGGAUAUGAAUGGAAAACCCACCAACUGUAAGCCUCCAGACUGCCACCUGCACCUGCAUCUGCGCUGGGCUGACAAUCCCUAUGUAUCAGGCACUGUGCACACCAAGGACACUGCCCCAGGCCUCAUCAUGGGUGCAGGUAACCUGGGCUCGCAGCUGGUGGAGUACAAAGAAGAAAUGUAUAUCACGUCGGACUGCGGGCACACCUGGCGGCAGGUGUUCGAGGAGGAGCAUCACAUCCUGUACCUGGACCACGGCGGCGUGAUCGUGGCCAUUAAGGACACCUCUAUCCCCUUGAAGAUCCUCAAGUUCAGCCUGGAUGAGGGCCUCAGCUGGAGCACGCACAACUUCACCAGCACCUCGGUGUUCGUGGACGGGCUGCUGAGUGAGCCGGGAGACGAGACGCUGGUCAUGACCGUCUUUGGCCACAUCAGCUUCCGCUCAGACUGGGAGCUCGUCAAGGUGGACUUCCGGCCCUCGUUCUCCAAGCAGUGCAGUGAGGACGACUACAGCUCCUGGGACCUCACCAACCUUCAGGGCAGCCGCUGCAUCAUGGGCCAGCAGAGAAGUUUCCGGAAAAGAAAGUCCACAUCCUGGUGCGUCAAGGGGAGGAGCUUCACGUCAGCGCUCACGUCCCGCGUGUGCGAGUGCCGAGACGCGGACUUCCUCUGCGACUAUGGAUUUGAGCGCUCCUCCUCCUCAGAGUCUGAAGCCGACAAGUGCUCUGCUAACUUCUGGUUUAACCCGUUGUCCCCACCUGACGACUGUGCCCUGGGCCAGACCUACACCAGCAGCCUUGGGUACCGGAAGGCAGUGUCCAACGUGUGCGAGGGUGGUGUGGACCUGCAACAGAGCCCGGUGCAGCUCCAGUGCCCCCUCAUGCCACCCCGGGGCCUGCAGGUCAGUAUCCGUGGCGAGGCGGUGGCCGUGCGGCCCGGAGAGGACGUCCUGUUCAUGGUGCGGCAGGAGCAGGGUGAUGUCCUGACCACCAAGUACCAGGUAGACCUUGGGGAUGGCUUCAAGGCCAUGUACGUGAACCUCACGCUGACUGGGGAGCCCAUCCGGCACCGCUAUGAGAGCCCUGGUGUUUACCGCGUGUCUGUCAGGGCAGAGAACAUGGCGGGGCAUGACGAGGCGGUGCUCUUUGUGCAGGUCAACUCCCCCCUCCAGGCCCUCUACCUGGAGGUGGUUCCUGUCAUCGGCAUCAACCAGGAGGUGAACCUCACAGCUGUGCUGCUGCCCCUGAACCCCAACCUCACCGUCUUUUACUGGUGGAUCGGCCACAGCCUGCAGCCCCUCUUGUCCCUGGAUAACUCUGUGAAGACGCAGUUUCCAGACACGGGUGACGUGCGUGUGACGGUGCAGGCCGCCUGUGGGAACUCGGUGCUGCAGGACUCCAGGGUCAUCCGCGUGCUGGAUCAAUUUCAGAUUGUGCCCCUGCAGUUUUCCAAGGACCUGGAUGCCAACAACCCCAACACGCCCGAGUGGAGGGAAGACGUGGGUCUGGUGGUCACCCGGCUGCUCUCCAAGGAGACCGGCGUCCCCGAAGAGCUGCUGGUGACCGUGGUGAAGCCAGGGCUGCCCACCUUAGCUGACCUGUAUGUGCUCCUUCCCCCUCCCAGGCCCACCAGGAAGAGGAGCCUCACAAGUGACAAGAGACUCGUGGCCAUCCAGCAGGUGCUGAAGUCACAGAAGAUCAGCUUCCUCCUGCAAGGUGGGGUCCGGGUCCUGGUGGCCCCAAGGGACACAGACACAGAAUCCCAGCGGCUGGCGGGAGGCGGCGGCGGCGGCUACUGGGCCGUGGCGGUGCUGUUUGUCAUCGGGCUGUUCGCGGUGGGCGCGUUCAUCCUCUACAAGUUCAAAAGGAAACGCCCAGGCAGGACCGUGUAUGCCCAGAUGCACAACGAGAAGGAACAGGAAAUGACAAGCCCCAUGGGCCACGGCGAGGACGUCCAGAGCGCCAUCCAGGGCAACCACUCUGGCGUGGUCCUGAGCAUCAACUCCCGCGAGAUGCACAGCUACCUGGUGAGCUGA